GCGUUCGGGAUGUGAGCGGCGGCUCCGGCGCCGAGCUGCAGCAUGUGGCCGGCCCUGCUCCUGGGGCUGCUCCUCUCCCGAGCCGGAGACUUCCUGGCUCUACCACGGAGUGAUUGCAUAGUAGCAGAACAGCUGUGCCUCUUAGACUCCAACUGCAAUGCCACCUACAGGACUCUGGAAAACUGUGACCUUGCUAAGACACGCUUCGUCGGGCUGGAUCAUGAUAGCAGGGUCAGAUGUCUGAAUGCAGAGCUGUACCUUGGGAACAGCUCUUUACUGCACUGCAAGUGCCAUCGGCGCAUGAAGAGACAGGAGCAUUGCCUGCGCAUUUUCUGGACUGUUCACUCCAGCAUGACAGACGGUUAUUUCAAUUUGGAAACCUCUCCCUAUGAGAAUCCAGCAAUUGAAGAGCACUGGAAAACAGAUUAUAAUGAACUGGCAGCUGUGGUAUCAGGCUCUCAGUUAGCAGGAGAUGCAACAAACCCAUGCCUGAAAGCAACUCAUGUCUGUAAUUUGAGCAAGAAGUGCGUUCGGCUGCGCACAGACUAUGCCUCAAUCUGCACCAGAGGGGCAGGAAGUGAGGACAUGUGUGACCGUCGCAAAUGCCAUCGAGGGCUAAGAAAUUUCUUCGAGAAAGUCCCUGAGGAUUUCACUAGAAGGAUCCUAUUCUGUCCAUGUCAGGAUGAACUCUGUGGAGAACGGCGCCGGAAAACUAUUGUUCCUGAUUGCUCCUUUCAGUAUAGCACCAAACCCAAUUGCCUUUGGCUUCUGGACUCCUGCUUGGAAGACCAUAUCUGCAAAUCCCGACUCGCUGACUUCCAACAAAACUGCCAACCUGCAGAUAUGUCCCCAGAUGGUUGCUCUCAGCACAACCAUGCUGCAUGCCUGCAGGCUUACAUGGGGAUGAUUGGCACGCCUAUGACACCCAACUACAUCAGUAACUCCAGCGUGGAGGUCUCCCUGUGGUGUACCUGUGAAAGCAGUGGCAACCAGAAGGAGAAGUGUGACCAGAUACUUGGCAUGUUUGAGAACAACAAAUGCCUUGAAAAUGCUAUUUGGUCUCAAAUGCACCAGAAGCUGACAGGUCUGGAAAGACAGAAAGACUUAUAUUAUUCAGCUUCCCUAAAUUUCCAAGGAGACAGCGCCAGCACAUCUCUUGCUUCGGAAAUGUCCCAGGUGGCUGAAGUGAAGACACAGCAAGACACCUCUGAACACAGCAGUUUGCCUAUGGCCUCCUCUGUAUAUUCUGGAGCUGCUGUUUCUUGGCCAUCUCUGUCUCUAUUCCUUCCCCUGUUGCUGAGCCCACUUUAACUUGGCAUAAGUGACAUCUUUCCUUCCCAUAUUAUUAAUCUUAUCCCAUAUCCAGGCACCUCCCACUACUGAUUUACCCUCAACAAACAAAAAGCCUCUGUAAAAGAGGAAGGGAACAGCCUUAGCCUAUAACUGUGGUCACCGAAAACCUCUCCCUGAUUUGUGCCCCUCUUUCCUCCAAUCAGUGUGCUCUGAGAUGCAGAUUUGGUGCCCACCAUUGCUUCUGCCACAUUUAGCAUUUUGAGUGACAGUCAGGCUUAUAUUCAACCACAGUAUUUUAAAACAAGUCUGCAUUCUGUUAGAACUUGCGUGGGGUUCUGUUUCUAAGUAGAGGGAUGCACAUGACACUGUUUCCUACCACCCUACCUGUUGGAGCUCUUCCAUAGGCUUAGAGUACAACAUACUUAAGUGUCAGGUCCUGCACUUUGGCCACAACAAUCCCAGGUAACACUACAGGCCUGGGGCGGGAAGACUGCCUGGAAGAAAUGGACCUGGGAGUGUUGAUGGAUGCUUGGCUAAACAUGAGCCAGCAGUAUGCCCAGGCAGUCAAGAAGACCAAUGGCAUCCUGGCUAGUAUAAGAAAUAUACUAGUAUGCUAGUAUAGCAUUGCCAGCAGGGGCAGAGAACUGAUAUGCCCUUUAUUCAGCUCUGGUGAGGCUGCACCUUAGGUACUGUGUUCAGUUUUUGGCCAUUCACUGCAGGAAAGACAUCGAGACCUUGGAGUGUGUCCAGAGGAGUACAGCCAAGCUGGUAAAAUGUCUGGAGCACAAGCUUUGUGAGGAGCAGCUGAAGGAACUGAGAUUGUUCAGUCUGGAAAAGAGGAGGCUCAGGGGAAAUCUUAUCGCCCUCUACAACUAUCUGAAAGGAGGUUGUGGUGAGGUGACGGUCAGCCUCUUCUCCUGUGUAAGUAGUGAUGGGACUAGAGGGAAUGGCCUCCAGUUGCACGAGGGGAGGCUCAGGUUAGAUAUUUGGAAAAAUUUCUUCUCCAAAAGCUUGCUCAGCCACUGGAAUGGGGUGCCCAGGGAGGUGGUUGAGUCACCAUUCCUGGAGGUGUUCAAGAAAGGUUUAGAUGUUGUACUAUGGGAUGUGGUUUAGUGGGGAAGUAUUGGAGGUGGGUGGGUGGUUGGACUAGAUGAUCUUGGAGGUCUUUCCCAUUGCUGGUGAUUCUACGAUGAGGAUUAAGAGCCCUCACUGCAGGGCGGUUACAAGUAAAGCUAAGUGAGCAUAAAAUCCCUGUAAAACACCAGUUCUCAAUUACUUUCAGUUCCCUUACAUAUAUUUUUUUCAGUUCAUUCUUUUAAAUAUAUGAAAAAUAUCAUUCCAGCUUGAAGAUGCUACACUUUAGUUUAUGUUCUUGCUCCUUUCUGUUUUGCCCUUUGUAACUAUAUGUAUCAUCCUUUUAUCAUGGAUAGCAACAGACCUGCGUUUUUGAAAUAGCAGGGAUUCCUGUACUCAACCCUAGUAAAUUUACCUAGCCAAGGAUGAUGUUACCAGGCCAGAGCUUUUUAGGAAUGCCUAGGGAAGGUGAUGCUCUAUUCAGCAUCACCUCAUCAUGCACAUGAAUCAGCACAGCUCAUUCAGUUGCAAAAGCCUCCAGGAGCUGGAACUGGUUUGUACCUCUCCACACACUGAAGUUGCCAUUUUCCCCUUUCAAUCCUGCCAGUCUCCUCUGCCAAGUUCUACUUCAUGAUCUGUUUAUUCUGAAUGUAAACAUGUGCACUGUGUAACUGCUGUUAUUUUAUGCUACGUUGGCCUGUUAGAAUGUGGUGUUAAGUGAAUAUUGAUUUCUGAGCAUAGGUUAAUAGUCCACAAUCAAUUGUGUGCAAGAGUUGCCUCAUCAGCCAACCCACACUUUCAGGAUAGCUAGAAACUCAGCUUAAAGCAGCUUCUCCAUACACAUGUAUAAUGCCUCUUGUUUAUUCUAUGAAAUACAACAGAUCUGGACAAUAUUAUGCACAGCUGAGCAAUAUUGCAGUCCAGAAUAGAUGCAGAACAUGUGGCAAUUUCUUUUUACACUGUGUUUUAUCUGCACCUCACAAAGGUACCAACUAGGUAAUAUAUUUUGUUUCCCAUUCACUGUCAGACCCUUCUUACUAGAAAAUCUUCCAUUGCUGCAUAUACCUCAGUGUAGCUGUCCGUCUCUGCAGUGUAAUAUUACCAUUUCAAAUUGUGGCCUCCUCUUAUCUCCUUGGGCAGCUAGGACAGGGAGAUGAUUGCAUGCAAUAGAACCUGUCCCUCUGAUGCAACACCGCAUUUUCAUGCAAAAGGAACAAGUAUCAUGUCAUCUUGAGAGAAGAGGAGAUUUAGGACGGAUCUUUAGCUCUCUACAACUACUGAAAGGAGGUUGUGGUGCAGUGGGGAAUCAGCCUCUUCUGCAUAACUAGCGAUAAGACUAGAGGGAAUGGCUUCCAGUUGCUCAAGGGGAGAUUCAGGCCAGAUGUUAGGAAAAAUUUCUUCUCUGAAAGGAUGGUCAGCCACUGGAAUGGGCUGCCCAGGGAG